AUGAGGUUCUCGUGGUGCCUUGGAUUAUCAGUUGCUAUAUUGCUGGCAUCAGACCCUUGUCAAGCAGGAAAGUUCGGUGAAAAGGUGAAAAACUUUUUUGGGAUCUUUGGUAACAAACCACCGUCCACUGUAGAAGCGCCUGGACCAUGUUAUUGCAGCUGCGGUCUGCGAAACGAGGAGAGUCGGAUAGUUGGCGGCCAAACGACUUACGUAAACGAGUUCCCAUGGAUGGCGAGGCUUUCGUACCUGAAUAAAUUUUACUGCGGUGGUACCUUGAUAAACGAUCGAUAUGUCCUCACCGCGGCUCAUUGCGUCAAAGGUCCCGUUUUCAGGUUCAUGUGGUUCAUGAUCAAGGUCACCUUCGGCGAACAUGACAGGUGCCUCGAAAGGGGAUUUGAAACUAGAUACGUGGUCAGAGUACUGAUGGGCGACUUCAGCUUCCUCAAUUUCGACAACGACAUUGCCCUGCUGCGACUCAACGAAAGGGUGCCCCUAAGCGACACGAUUAGACCCAUAUGCCUGCCGUCCGUACGAGAUAACCAGUACGUCGGGACGAAGGCGAUAGCAUCCGGCUGGGGCACCUUGCACGAGGAUGGAAAGCCUUCGUGCCUCCUGCAGGAAGUCGAGGUACCAGUUAUGAGCCUUCAGGAUUGCCGCAAUACCAACUACAGCCCUCGCAUGAUCUCCGAUAACAUGAUGUGCGCUGGAUACGCCGAUGGCAAGAAGGACUCUUGUCAGGGGGACAGCGGAGGACCACUGAUAGCUGAACGCGAAGACAAGAAAUACGAGCUUAUAGGCGUAGUGUCCUGGGGUAACGGAUGUGCUCGACCAGGAUAUCCUGGUGUUUAUACGAGAGUCACACGGUAUAUAGAUUGGAUCGUCUACCAUUCGCGCGAGGGAUGUUUCUGCGAAGAGGACUGAAACCGGUUGCUACG